AGGGAUUUGAUUCAAAGAAGACCAGAUGGUUUCGAUCCUCUUAGUAGCGUACCUAAGGAUGACCGGAUUUGCAAAAGCCAUGAUCUCAAAAGAAAAUUCCCUCGCCUUGAGGUUGACAAAGCCAUCAUUCCAAAAGGAGACAAUCGGUCAGUCCAAUUGUUCUAUAUCAAACCAUCAAGUCAUUUACGAUUGAUCAUGGCUAAUACCCAAAAGGUCAAUCUUCUCCAAUCUUUGCCCGACUUCACUCCAAACCAGCGGUACCAUCCAAAUCAAGGACGUAAAUGGAAAGAUAAUUUUCACUUUCAAUCACCCAUGAUAACCAAAGAGAUGUCAAACAAUCGUGAUGAUCUAUGGAUUGGCGACGUUGUUCGAACCUCUGGUGGUCAGCAACAAAUGUACAUCAUUGCCAAAUUCUUCAUUGCAAAUGGCCAACUCUUUGUCAAUGCUUUCCCCAUGGAGUUUCUCGAAAACUUUCAAAUCGCGGCUUUUAAUUCCGAAAGGGUGAACGUUCCAGUGUCUAGCAUUCUCUUGGUCAUGUCUAUAACAGAGCUCCUAGAGCAAUGUUAUCAAAAAUUACUGUCCAAGUUUAUUCGUGACGAUGGUGAGAUUGCAUUCACGCCCUUCAACCAAUUGUUACGUCCACACCAUACCAUGAUUGUUGAAAGUCUUGCGAUCCGUAAACGAGUACCAUACAUCACCGCAAAUCAACAGAUGUCAGUUCGCAUAGUACCUAUUUCUUUGUUUUCAGACGAUACCAGUGGAAAUAGAUCAAAAAAGUGGAAUUGUUUUGACAGCUGGAUCAUGAGCGUUGAUGCUUUUCCUUUGUUCGAAAGCAACAAAUACGAGAACCGCUUCUUUUUGUGCACUAACAACCAUAAAGUAACUGCAAUGGAAAUGAUAAAACCAUUGACUGAAGAUUUGCUGCAAUUAGAAAAAGGCGUGGUAAUGUAUGACUCCAAACGAGACAAUGUUCGUCAAGCUGAACUUGCAAUGAAUAAGGGCUCAAGAGCCAACCACCCUUGCCGAUUUUGCUACUGGCAAUCUGAUCCAGCUAAGCCAUUGACAACCGGGAAGCAACCCAUCGCAUUAGAUUAUACUGCCGAAACAUACGCCGCUGCACCAAGAACGUCAAAAGAUUUCAACGAUUUUAUAAAUCCUGAAAAAACAGACCGUGAUACUCCAGUCUUUCUUCCGAACAGAGGACGUGUAACAAAUCAAGGGGUUAUAAAAGAUCCCGCGCAAUCCACCAACUGGAGUGAUCUUGGAUUCAAAAUAACAGGUGCCGAGGAGUUGUUGAAAUUGAAGGCUGUGGACUUGUCCCAGGAUCUGCCUGUUGAAAUUUUGCACACUUUACUGCUUGGAAUGACGAAGUAUUGCUUCAAGAUUGCGCAUGACUAUUUUUUAAACGAUCACCAGCUGAAAGAGCUUACAGAGUUGUUUAGAAACUAUAAUUCAAAGGCUGUAAUCCAAUCUUAUGAUUCGACAUUAUACGAAAGCGAACUUGAGUUGCUGGACAACAAUAAUAGCAAAAUAAAACUGGUCUUAGGGCUCACCGGCUUGUUCUAUAACGUUAGAAGCUCCAAGUCAAGCGGUUUAACUCUUGGUAGGGUAGCUUUCAAAGAAGGUCAAAACUUCAUAAUCGAGGCGUACGAUUUUGUUCUUCGAAACGCCAUUCCACAAGAUCAAGACAUGUGUAUUUACGAAAGUUGCCUUUUAGAUCUUGCUGGCAAUGUUGUAACUCGUAGAUUCCCUAACGAUGAUUUUACUAUUGCUGGUCAUGAACAAAAUCGUGUCGUUUUCGUGCUGGACAUGUCGCAACCUCCUUUGCUUGACUCGCCGCAUAAUAAUAAUUCUUCACUUUUGAGUAUCAACAAGUCAAAAUUCGGUAGUUUUUGGUGGCUCCUCAACACACGUUGUAGUUUGGAAAAAAUCGUAAGAUUGCCAUACAUUUAA